AUGGUGGCCAUGGACGCUGGCCACCUCAAGGGUUCGUGGAAGGGAGUCAUGUACGUCCUCUGCAUGCAUGACAGCAACAACAAGAUCAUCCACGUCAGCACUGUACUCGCAGACAAGGAGAACGCGACGAACUACAAGUUCCUGCUCCAGCAGACCUGCCGGAACGAGCACAUGCAUCGACUUCUUUCGUCCGGCGAGGUGACGUUCUUCAUCGACGGUCACAAAGGAUCACCGGCGGCCCUCAGGGCGGUUGUACCGCAAGCGCCAUGGCGUGCGUGCGUGAGGCACCUCAUCACCAACAAAAACAUGAAGGCAAUGGGACACGCCUAUUCAGUGGCGGUUUACCGAGCGGCGGUGGUGCCUACCAAGGCCCUGUUUGAGGAGGCAAUUGAGCCAGUCCAGAAGGACUUCCCGGCCAACUACAACCUCCUCAUGAAAAACGACCUUGACAAAUGGACACACCAUGCUACCCCCAGCAACCUGGUCAACCUGAAGAUGUCCACCUCCAACUCUGCGGAGUCCACCAUUUCCGCGGUCGGCCACCAGGUUGGUGAACGAAAGGGGUGGAUAUGUUGA